CUGACAUUGACAGUCAUGAUGAAGAGGUCUAACCCUUUCGGAGAAUGUUCUCCAUUGCAGUUUAAGACACGUAUUGGCAAAAAGGAAAUCGAUCUAGGUGUUGGCCAAAAAGAAAAUAUGAAAAUAGUUUACGAAAAGACGAAGGAGCUACUGUUCAAAGGAUCCCAGAAGAGUUUCUCGGAGGGCGCGGCCACCACUGACGCCAAUGACAACAUGAUAUGUCAGCCGAUGGCCGUGGAGAGAUCUGUGGAUGAGAUUCUGCCGGGACAACUCUGUCUUGACAAGGGCUGCCAGCUGACACCUCCACAGUUCCCAUGGAUGUCAAACGGAGGAGAUUGUCAAAAGAAUUCAUCAACUGUUAUCUCACCCAAAGAAGCUGGUUUAUUCUGCAACACAUGUAAGAAUUCUGUUACAAAGUUGUCUUCUCAACCGUGUAGUUUCUGUGACAAGCUGGCAUGCAAGUCGUGUACAAGACAGUGUGACAAUUGUGCAGGCGACUUCUGUCAACUCUGUUCAGUUCUCAAUUAUGAUGAGGCAAUGGAGCGAUCAUUUUGCUUGAGUUGUUCUUGAUGUGUCGUCGAUGGAUUCUAUUGACAGAAUGUGACUGUACAGUGUUUGUUUGGAAAUAUUUGUCUCUGUGCUAUAAACUACCUAUUUGUGCAUAACAACGUCAUAAUAUGUUCGGUUGUUUUGUUCACUGUGCUGAACAGAUCUGAAACAAGAAGUAAACUGAAUUUUUAUUGUCCUUUUGAAGGGUGUACCAUCAUAUCAUGUCAUUUUAACGGAUUUCCAUGCUUAUAUCCAAUAGUCUUAUUCAGCUUACUGUGCUAGCUCAACAAAUACACUAUUCAACCUGAGUCAUACCUACACACUGCAGAAUUCUCUCCCUUGCCGGAUAUGCGCAAUGCUAUCCUUGCACGGGCUACCUGUAACUUCAUUCUCGGUUCAAAGUCCUCCUGUUAACACCUGUUUAAGCUUUGUCAAAAAGUUUUCUUUACUUGUAAUUUUGUGUUUGUUUUUCGGUUGAAUCAUAUCAUUUUAACAGAUUUCCAUGCUUAUAUCCAAUUAAGGUUCAAACACGCUGUCCUGGGCACACACCUCAGUUAUUUGGGCUGUCUCUCCAGGGGCCUAAUUCACAAAGGUCUCUUAGGCUGUUAGACAACAUA